AUGACUGAGAAGCUUGCCAGAAUUAGGCAUAUACUCCAGGAUUGCAAUCAUGUGCCAGAGCAACAGAAAAGAGCUCAAGAUCAGCCAUAUGGAAGAUUUCUUACCCCAAAAGGCUAUGGUCAGGCCCAAUCAUCAAAUAGCCAGUCCUAUGAUUCCAGUUCAGAGGAGGAGGAAGAACAUAGAGGAAGUAAAAAAAGCCUUGAUGAUGGAAAACAGAAAAAUGUCUCACGAGAGCUUUCAGAUGCUGUCAGCUCUCCAACAAAGAAAAAACAGAUGGGCAGUCUUGAAGUCAGUAACAAGAUGCAAGCGGUUUCUUCACAAUCACAGGCACUGAAUGCUAGAAGAUUACAGGUGAAAAAAGGGUCAGAACAAAGGGAGGAAAAUUGGAAAAGCAAGGAGGAAAAUGGGAGAAUUACUCUUACAGAGACAAAGAAGUUGAGUGAAGGGGGCUGCUCAACCUCCUUUGUUUCCACAAGAAGUGUUGAACCCAAGUGUCAAGGGGGAAUGAAAGAACAAGUGAUUUGUGCCAUAUCCCACUCUGAAGCUGAUAAAGCUUUAUUUGGGGAUUUUGAGGUGGUAAUUCAGUCAGGGGUUGGUCUUGAUUCACAGAGAGGCAUUCAAGCUGGCAAAGAGCCAAAGGGGGUGCAGACCAAAGCUGGGCGAAGUUGGAAAAGGUUAGCAAGAGAAAGUGGCUCAAAUAAUUCUUCCCAUGAUCAGACAACUUCCCGGGUGCAAAUUGGUGAGAAAAGGAAGGGGGAACCAGUUAUGGAAGAGGAAGAUUCAAAGCACAAGAAAGUUGAUGAGGGAAAAAGCAAUGAGAUUGCCAUGUAUGAAUCCGUGGUGGGCCUGGAGAUGUUGGCCCACCACGAGAAAUGA